AUGGUCCAUCGGGAGGGUGUCCGGAAGAUCAUUGAGGCAACGGUGCGCAGGACGCCUGUGAAUGACGGCAGCAGCUUUGAUUUGCUCAUCUCGCGCCUGGGAGCAGGGCUCAGGGCAUACGCAAAGGAGGAAAGCAAAAGGGUCAGGGCAACAUUGACGCAUCUGACCAAGGCAGUUGCUCAGCUGAAGCAGGAGGCGAUGGGGGACCCCGGCUGCCUCACGAAAAGAGCGCUCUUAGACGCUAAGGAGCUGCAGCUGAAGCAGUAUCAAGCGGCCAGGCAGGAGCGCUUGCACCAGCAAGCUGGGCUGACAGUGGAGAUGACCGGUGAAAUCGCAUCAAAGCACCUGCCGGCAAAAGUCAAAGCGAGGAAAGCAAGAACACAGAUUACGGAGUUGAAUAUCGGUGGGGCGGCGGUCACGGGGCCCAAGCAAGUUCUUGCUGCGGCCUCGGCCUUCUUUAACAACAUCUUUGGGAGAGACAGGCGCGUGGACUUCGAUGGCUGGGAGAUCGAUCCAAACCGGCGCCUAGACGGGACAGUUACGGCGGCUCUAACAGCAGCUUGGACUGAGCAGGAGGUUAAAAACGCUUUCGCAGCGCUAGCGAAGAACAAAUCCCCGGGGAGUGACGGGCUUCCGAAAGAGUUGUUCGAAGCGCACUGGGACCUGCUUGGGGGGAGUUUCAUGGCAAUGGCAAGAGACUUCGAGACAUCAGCUUCCCUGCCGGCGGAGAUAAAGGAAGCGGUGACGAUUCUCCUGCAUAAGAAAGGCGACCGUGAUCAGCUCAAUAACUACAGACCUAUUUCGCUGCUUAAUUUCACUUACAAGGUGUUGGCGAGGGUGGUGGCGGGCAGGAUGAAGACGGUGCUGCAUCAUGUGAUCUCCCCGGAGCAGUACGGCUUUCUUCCGGGGAGGAGGCUCUCUGAUGCGGUGGCGCUGGUGGCUGAUAUCAUAGACGCGGCCAAGAACGGCGGUGAGGACUGGUAUCUCCUCCUUGUUGACUUCCAAAAGGCCUUCGACUCUCUAUCCAGGGACUUCCUCUUCCAGGUGCUGAGGGGGAUGGGGUUCCCUCCGCUCUUUGUGAAGUGGGUUGAGGGCCUGCACGAAGGCACAUCCACAAAACUCCUGGUCAACGGCUGGCUUGGAGAAGGGUUGGAGGUGGUGUCUGGCGUAACACAGGGGUGUCCGCUGGCACCCUACCUGUUCUUGUGCGCAGUCGAACCGUUGGCUCAGGAGAUCGAAAGGGCGAAGCUGGGGCUGAGCAAGGACGAGCAGCGGCUGAACUAUCUGGGGUACGCAGACGACACGACUCUGGUUCUGCAAGGGAAAGAGCAGAUCGUCAGUGCGGAGAAAAUCCUGGACAGAUUCGAAAGAGUUUCAGGUCUGGCGACCAACAAGUCCAAAUCGGUGGUGCUCCCCUUGGGUGCCAACUUGGGAGCUCAGGAUGACAGCGGCGGUAGCUUCAAGUGGGCUGGCGCAGAUGAUGCGGAGAAACUGCUGGGGAUAUGGGUGUCGCCCUCGGGAAGCGGUGUGAAGACCUGGGAAAAGGCCCUGUGUCACAUCACGAAGAAACUGAUUAAGUGGAAGCAGAAGUAUCUCACCACGUCAGCCAGAGCGACGGUGGUCACCUACUACAUCGUCCCGAUCGUGGCCUUCCAGGCGCAGAUCUAUCCACCGCCUGCUGACACGUGGGAUGAUGUCACUCACCUCAUUCACGGCUUUGUCUCGGGAAACAGAGUCUUAGCGGCGAAAGGUUUCAUUCUCUAG